GCUCGAUGAUCGAGAGCCUUAUCUUGCACCACCCUAGUCCUUAAACAGGCUUUGAUCCAGGCAUAGCCGAGUAGCUGUGACUCAAAAUCAGUUCAAUUUACGACCUUAAAAAUGCAAUAUGGGAUUGUCAUGGCAUAGUGUCAAGGAAAUCACUCCAGGUGCAAUUUGUUCCCAAAUUUGGUGAACUAUAAUUCAAUAAAGCAUAAUUUUUGAGUUAUUGAUGGCAAAGCCAAAGAAGAGAAGUGAUUCAAGAGCAUGAUCAUCACCAAAAUUCUUACAAGAGUGCAGCCAAGAAACCAUAAUUUUUGCUCAACUGCAGCACAGUUCGGUUUUGUUUGAUGACCAGAGCAAGUUAAACCACUUUUGUUCUUGUAAUCUGCCGGCAUUUUCUGUCAUCCAACACAUGAGAUUCGUGGUUUUCAGUGGUGUGCGAGCAAUAUGAACCAGCUGGUGAAUUCAUGCCGUGUCCAUCAUUUUUACCUGGUAACGCCCCAUUGCCAGAAACAGUAAUACCUUCCCUUUAUCCAUCUUUUAAGAAAUAGCUGUAAACCUAACAUUUCCCUCGUUCUCUCUCUGCUUUAUCCUUCUAAUAAGGUAUAGCUUUUAAAUGGGGUUUUAGAUUCUUCUGUCACCUUCCAUGUGUACCUUGCUUGAUGCAGAACGUUUUAGGCCCUACCUAAAACACUCCAGGGGAAUACUGCCUAAGUUAAUUCAUUGCCUUAAAACACCUUCUCAAGCUUAAUUUGCAUGCAAUGAUUUUGAUCCUCAUAACCCAGAGAGAGAGAGAGAAUGAAGCAGUGUGAAAUGGCUUGUUUUGAGAAGGAAGUCUCCUCUCACAUUAGAAAAAGAUUUAGAGAAGGGAAACGUAACACUACAAUAACUAUAUUGUUUUUCUUGUCAAUGGCUUCUUUCGUGGUCGUUCUUGGGACGUUCAUCAAUUACCAUGCUUGGAAGUUCUUAAUCUCAAAGGACUCUAACAUCCCUCGACUCAACGGAUUUUCUCCGCCAUCACCCUGGUCUCCCAAUUCCGACGUUCUAUACAACUUUGCUCUCUCUUCAUCCUCCUCCCUACAGCAGCCCUUCAACUCUUCAGAGGACGCCUGGCAUUCUAUGACUGAUGAGGAGCUAAUGUGGCGUGCCUCGACAGUACCAAAUGUUGUGGAAUAUCCUCACAACCGAACGCCAAAGGUGGCAUUCAUGUUCUUAAGCAGAGGAACACUACCUUUGGCUCCACUCUGGGAGAAGUUCUUCAUGGGACAUAAGGGCCUCUACUCAAUUUACUUCCAUACAUCUCCGGACUUCAUUGAUAAGCCACUAGUAACCUCCGUCUUUUACGAGCGCAGGAUACCAAGCAAGCCUGUGCAAUGGGGAAGGGCGACAAUGGUCGAUGCUGAGAGGCGCCUGUUAGCCAAUGCCUUGCUCGACUUAGCCAAUGAGAGAUUUGUGCUACUCUCAGAGGCAUGCAUUCCGCUAUUCAACUUCACCACAGUUUACAACUACCUUAUCAACUCCAGCCGCAGCUUCCUUGGUUCAUUUGAUGAUCCAACGCACACUGGGCGUGGCCGUUACAAUAAGCAGAUGUGGCCGACUGUGUCAUUGGCAGAUUGGCGCAAAGGCUCGCAAUGGUUCGAGGUUAAUCGAAUGCUUGCCGCUGAGAUAGUCUCUGAUGACAAAUACUAUCCUGUCUUUAGAGACCAUUGUCGCCCCCCGUGUUACAUGGAUGAACAUUACCUUCCAACUCUCGUGAACUUAAUUUGCCCGGGGCUCAAUUCCAACAGGAGCAUUACUUGGGUUGAUUGGUCUAGAGGUGGCCCACACCCCACAAAAUAUUUGAGAAAAGAUGUAUCAGUAGCAUUACUGAAUCAAGUCAGGCAAGGAUUUAACUGUACUUAUAACGGUGAGAGGAGCUCAAUCUGCUUUCUUUUUGCCCGGAAGUUUCAUCCCAGCACUCUGGAGCCACUGCUUAGGAUAGCUCCAGCAUUGCUUGGAUUUGGUCAUCAGUGAUAUUUGUCCAGCCUAGACCCCAGUCAACUACAAUUUGUUGUGAUGUUGAGGAUAAUUAUGCUUAAACUGUUUGAGUGUUAGUUACCAGAAAACAUACAAAGUUUGCGCCUUUGUCACCAAAUGUAAUGCUUUGGCUCCAUUACAAGGGACAGCAUGCAAUUUUUUUCA